AUGAGGCUAGAGCGCGGCCGGCGGGCUUCUCUGGCACUCACCCUCAAUUUUUUGGCGUUUGCUUUUGCCCUGUCAGCGGUGACCACCAGCUACUGGUGUGAGGGGACCAGGAAGGUGCCCAAACCGUUCUGCACAGGGCCGCCAAUGAAGGUGAAGCAGUGGUUCUGCAUUCGCUUCAACAGCUCCAACAUCAACGAUAGCCGCCUGGUGCAGUACAUCUUUGAGACAGGAGAGGAGAAGUUCCUAAUGAGGAAGUUUCACACAGGGAUCUUUUUCUCCUGUGAGCAGGCCGCCGACAUGAACGGCUUUGACUGUCGAGAUUUCUCAGAGAUUGCACCUGAACAUGAACGAGGUGUGCUGUGGUUAUGUAUUGUGGCAGAGAGCCUGUACCUCACUCUCCUGUUCGCAGGGGGCGCUCUGAUGGCGUUGGAGCAGUGUCCCUGUUUCAGCAUAAUGAACAAACUGAAGCUCAGUGCCUUUGCCGCCCUGUGCACUGCCCUGUCAGGCCUUUGUGGGAUGGUGGCCCACAUGAUGUUCACCACCAUCUUCCAGCUGGCUGUAGCUAUGGGACCAGAGGACUGGAGGCCAAAAACCUGGGACUACAGCUGGUCUUAUGCCCUGGCGUGGGGCUCUUUUGGCACAUGUAUGGGUUCUGCAGUGACGGCGCUCAACAGGUACACAAAGACCAUCAUAGAGUUUAAAUACAAGCGGAGAAACAUCGAGAAGAAUCUCAUGAUCAAGCAGAAGAUGAUAGAGCUUGACCUUCCCGAGCAGGUGUGGGACAUGUACUUGACCUCUGACCCCGCCGACACCCCGGACCCCGAGGCUCAGCUCGACCCCCAGCUCAAUGGACACAAACCAUCCAACGGGACAACAUAUGAGGUGGAGCAGGAAGACAGCGCAGAGACACAGGGGGAGGCGUACUGCUGA